AUGGAAGACACUUUCGUUUCGUUCGAGGAUUCCCAAGACCCGUCGGGUUGCAUUUGGGGCCCCGACCGUUACAUGGAGUUCAGUCGUGACCCCGAGAGGACCCCAAUGCAGUGGGACAACUCGACCCUAGCUGGCUUCACAGACGGACCCUCCUCCUGGCUUCCUGUUAAUGAAAAUUACGUCACAUUGAACGUUGCUCAGCAGGAAGCUGCCGACCAGAGCUGCAUUAAAAAUUACAAGCAGUUGACGACCCUCAGGAAAGCUGAAGUUUUCUUCUCCGGAGAGCUUGCCUUCCCUGUGAUUACGAAUGAAAUUUUCUCAUACGUCAG